CCAUCAUCUAACCGCUUGCAAAGAUGGCUCUUCAACCUUCCCUUCGCCCCCUCGUCGUCGCUGGGAGAUAUGACGCCCCCCACACUCUUGACAUCUUCCUCGAUUAUGUGUGCCCAUUCAGCGCGAAGUUGUCUUUGGCCAUCGACAGUGUCUUGAAGCCACUUCUCGAUGCUGGCGGCAAGUACGAUGGCAAGGUGAAAGUCAUCAUCAGGCCUCAGGUGCAGCCUUGGCACGCUUCAUCCACAUUCACCCACGAGGCUGGUCUUGCGAUUGCUCGCGUCGCCCCAGAGAACUUCUGGCAGUUCAGCUUGUUGCUCUUUAAGCAACAGGAAGAUUACUUCGAUAUACCUACGUCCACACUGACUCCCCUUCAAAUCCGAGAGAAGCUCGCUGCUCUUGCUGCCCAAGUCAUUCCCGCAAGCAAAGUUGGAGAGUUCAACGACUUGCUCAGACUCAAAAGCUCCCCCAACGGUGGUGUGGCCGUCACAGACGAUCUGAAAUACACAAUCAAAUUCUCCCGGCAGAACGGCGUCCACGGAUCACCUACCGUGCUCUGGGAUGGUCUUGUUGCCAAUGAGAUCUCGAGCUCGUGGGGAGAGAAAGAGUGGUCGGAGUUCUUGGCGCAGAAGAUCGCCGUCUGAUGACGCAAUUGACACAAUG